AUGGCAGUAAACCUUGACGAAUAUGAUGAAGAACAAAUUAGGUUGAUGGAGGAAAUGUGUAUUCUCGUUGAUGAAAAUGACAAAAAAAUUGGAUCUGAUACCAAAAAAAAUUGUCAUCUCAUGAAAAAUAUAAAAGAAGGAUUGUUACAUCGAGCAUUUUCUGUAUUUUUAUUUAAUUCUGAGGAUAAAUUAUUAUUACAACAAAGAUCAUCAGAUAAAAUCACCUUUCCAAAUAAUUGGACAAAUACAUGUUGUUCUCAUCCAUUAAAUACUAAAUUAGAAUUAGAAGAAGAAAAAAAAAAACUUCAACAUUCAAGUCUUUUGGUUAUUUUAAAUAGUUUGGAAGAAAGAGAAAAAUUGUUCUUUGCUAAAGAACCAGAUAAAGAUAAAUCAAAAAGAAAUCGAGAAGCAGUUCACAUUCAUGUUAUCAAAAUUGGAGGAACAGGAAAUAUUCGAGUAUUUAUCCAAGAUAAUUUAAGAAUAAACGAAAAAUAUGAGAGUAUCAAGCAACAUGAAUACAGAGCCAUUAAAGAGUUUAUUUGA